AUGGCAGACGAGAAGUAUGGCGCCGAACAGCGCGAGUACGCCCCGCCAACGCAGGAGAAGAUAGGCGCAGGUCGCUACCUCGCGACCCGUGUCACCACGCUCAAGCCCGCCAUGGCCAAGGUGCAGAACCCCAUUGCAUUGUUGCGGCUGCUGAAUCUCCAGCAAUGGAUGUUCUUCCUGGUCGCGUUCUUCGCAUGGUCGUGGGACGCGUUUGAUUUCUUCACCGUGUCGCUCACAGUCGAAGAUCUUGCUGAGACUUUCGGCAAAACCAAGAAAGACAUCACGUGGGGUAUUACCCUUGUGCUCAUGCUGCGUUCGGUCGGCAGUAUCAUCUUCGGUUUGGCUGCUGAUCGUUACGGACGAAAGUGGCCCUUCAUCAUCAACAACGUCUUGUUCAUCGUGUUGGAGCUGGGUACUGGAUUCUGCUCAACAUACGAGCAGUUCCUUGGCGUGCGAGCUCUCUUCGGUAUUGCCAUGGGAGGACUUUACGGCAAUGCUGCUGCAACUGCUCUCGAAGACUGCCCCGAAGCCGCCCGCGGUAUCAUUUCCGGUAUGCUGCAGCAAGGUUACGCCUUUGGAUACCUCCUGGCUACCGUUUUUGCCCGUGCCUUUGUCGACACCGUCGGCCACGGUUGGCGUCCACUCUUCUGGUUUGGCGCCGGCCCACCCGUCCUCAUCAUCCUCUUCCGCCUGUGUCUCCCCGAGACCCAAGCGUACCAGGAGCGCAAGCGCAUCCGUGAAGAGGAGCCCAACGCAGCCAAGCUGUUCGUCGAGGAGGGCAAGCACGCGCUCAAGAAGCACUGGAUGCUGCUCGUCUACAUGGUGCUCCUGAUGGCCGGGUUCAACUUCAUGUCGCACGGCUCGCAGGACUUGUAUCCAACAAUGCUUUCCAACCAGUACAACUUCUCGGCCAACCGCGUCACCGUCACACAGGUCGUUGCAAACCUCGGCGCUAUGACGGGCGGUACUCUCGUCGGAUACAGCUCCUCCAUCUUCGGCCGCAGAAUCAGCAUCAUAGUCAUGUGCGUCAUAGGCGGGGCGCUGCUGUACCCAUACACAUUUACUAGCAGCAACGCCGUCAUCGCCGCGGCCUUCUUCCAGCAAUUCUGCGUCCAGGGCGCGUGGGGCGUCAUCCCGAUCCACCUGAUGGAGCUCUCGCCAGGUUCGUUUCGGACGUUUGUCGUCGGCACGAGCUACCAGCUGGGCAACCUCGUGUCGUCGGCGUCGUCGACGAUCGAGGCCACGAUCGGCGAGCGCUUCCCGCUACCACCCAAGGGCAAGGUGGCGCGAUACCAGUACGGGCUGGUUAUCUGCAUCUUCAUGGGCUGCGUGUACGCGUAUGUCAUCCUGCUGACGCUCCUGGGGCCGGAGCACAGGGGCAGGAACUUCGACGUCGCCGCGGACGAGGAUAUGGUUGCUGUUACGGGCGUGGAGCACAAGAUCAGAAACUACAGCGUCGACGAGGAUGAGCGCAAGGAUGUUCACGUUUAG